AAGUCUCAAAAAUUGCCUCUGUCAAAUUUAGAGACUUGAUACUGUAUCACAGUACAGAAUCGCACGGUAAGUGCAAGUGACCACGAGAAUGCUGAUUGCCCUUACCUCUUUGAAGUGUGUGCGUGAAUAUACGACUCUAUUUGCCUGGUUAACCGUAUGCUUUUAUAAUCUUCCUAAAUCACUAUUUUUGCGUAUGAGAGUAUAAAUAAUUUCGUACAUCGUACACAUAAAGUAUCUAGGAAGAAUAGGUACUUAGGUACCAAACCUAUUGUUAUUACGCGCGUGUUAGUCAAGCUCGUGCGGACGCGUGUGAGAUGCGUGCACCGUCUACAGAUAUUCAAGAUCCUAUUAUUGACCCAAAACUCGACGUCCUAAGUAGUAGUGGCGUUCCGUCAACUGAUGAUUCUGCAGUGUCUAAAGUGUCUUCAAGUGAAAAUGCUUUGAUCAAUGUGGCAAGUAUAUCAAAAGAACAAGCCGAAUACGAGGUAUCUUUUUUCAACAACAUUCGAAGAGUUCAUUCGACUUAUGGGAAACAAUGUUUUGGAAACAAUUAUAUGUCCUGCCUAAUGGAACACCUGUAGAACGGUUUCUCAAGUUUAUUCCAACACAGGCCACAAAUCACAACAAAUGACAGAUGCUGUUACUUCAACUUUAACAUUUUAACAACGUUGACAUUUCAAACUGCCGCGGGCAAUCAUAUGACAACGCAGCUAACAUGUCAGGCAAUUAUAACAGCCUGCAAGCUAAAAUAAAGGAAAUUUCACCCCUUGCCGACUAUGUUCCCUGUUCAGCACACUCGGUGAAUUUAGUAAGCGUCAACUCAGCGUUGGGAACUCCUUCAAACCCAUUUCACCGUCAAAAGUUUCCUCCUUGGUCAGCUCGUGCAGACGCAUGCAAAAUUUUCCGCGAAUCCUGGACUGAAGUCCAUAAAGAGCUUGUCACCAUCGAAAAUGACACACAACAGAAGAAAACCGUUAUAUGCGAAGCAAGAAGUAUUCGUUUGAAACUGGAACGUUUUGAAACGGCCCUCAUAACUGUUUUUUGGGGAUGCUUACUAGAACGCAUUAACGCCACAAGUAAAAAACUUGAGAGUGUGGAAAUUGACAUUACCUUUGUCAUUGAAUUGUACGAGGCUUUAAUACAUUUUGUUGGCGAAACAAGAGAGAAUUUCGAUGAUUUAAAAAUAAAAGGCGAAAAACUGUCCUUCGUACAGGAAUAUGAAAAAGAUUUUCGACGCAACGGAAAGCGUAAGCUGCUUCCUGGCGAGACAAAUACAUGUGAAGGGAUGCAACAAAAAAAUGGCCGUGAAAAUUUUAGAAUAAAUACUUUUUAGUAGUUAUUGAUACAUUGUCAGAAGAACUGAAAAGACGUCGGGAUGCUUAUAAAUUACUAUACAGUAAAUUUUACUUUAUUACCAACCUGACGAAUCUAAACAUCUCAGAAGUCGAAGAUAAGGCCAAGGAAAUCAGCGAUAGAGACAUAAUUUUACACCCGAGAUGGUAUGAGGGGUAUUUAUUGGAAUCGGGAUAAAAAUUUCACAAUGGGUAUGGCGCCGCUGACUUUUAAGUAAAACGACAUAUCUGGAUACCGCCAGAUCGAUUUCGACUAAAUUUAAUCCGUAGCAUUCCACUCCCAGUCUUAUCUCAUAGUAUGAAAAUGUGAGGUACCUUAAGGCGGUACUUACUUAUUUAUU